AUGCAUUCAACCCCAGAUUACUUCCUCGAUGCUGGAAGUAAUGGAGACGUUGAGAAGAACAGAGAUAUUGAGAACAACAGCGACAUCGAGAAAAAUAGAGAUAUUGAAAACACUAGGAACAAUGCUAUCAAGGUUCUGGAAGGCAUGGAUAAGAUUAUCUCCCAAAAGAAAAAGACUUCUGAGAAAUACUGCAUCGACAUUUCUCAAAUUUAUAGUUCGAGACUUAGAAGCUCUGCAUCGCAAAUCAACCGCGGUGUUGAUCUCAUCCACAAUUUCGAACAAAUAUAUAGAGAAUACACUCCACUUCCUGGCCUCUCGAUCGGACGCGAAGAACACGAUACUGCUGGUUCCUUGACUGGUUUCCUGAGACAUGAUGAUGAUAUCUACAGUCUCACUUGCAGACACGUUGUCUUUCCGUAUAAAAACUUUCGAUCCGAAUACAAACAUCAGAAUGGAGAGGAAAAGUUGCAAGUCUCUAUACCUGCCAUGAAGGAUCAUGUUGAAACCAAGGGAAGAUUGAAAUUUGCUCUUGAUAACAUCACAUUCGGAAACAAAAACGUGCGCUUCGAAGAUGCGGCGAAUAUUGAUGAAGAGUAUAUGUUGCAUAUAGAGACACAGGAAAUCCAUCGAAAGUCAUCUCUCAUUCGAUACAAUGCGGCUGAAGACUACUGUCCUAUUGCUGGCUACGUUUCUGCUGCUCCAGAGGAAUGGCGCAAAGCUCCUGGAUAUACUGGAAAUCUCGAUUGGGCUAUCAUCAAAAAUCUCUGCAUUGGCAUCAGUAACAUAUUACCUCGAUCAAGAUUCUGGCCAACUGACGAAUGCAAAGCUUCCAACUCAAAGUGUCAGGUUUUACAAGAUUCAGAAAGAUUCAAUAUCAAGCAUCCGAGCUCGUCUUUGGCCCUUGGCACAAAUAAAUUCUACUUCAAAGCCCCAAGUCGAACAUUGGGUUGGCUGGCAUGCGAGAUGAAUGGCAUCAGAAGCAUCCACCAUGAAAAUGGCCAUGGAUGUUCGGAGGAAUGUGUGUUUGUCGGCGCGAUGAACGGAGAAGCAGUAUCUGGUGGAGGUGAUUCCGGUUCUCUAAUCUACGAUAUCGAUAUUGACACUACAGAUGCUGAUAAGCCUACUGCGGCACUCAUACCCAUGGCUAUGAUUUGGGGUGGUAAUGAUGGCGGAUCGAUUAUUUCGGGCUUUGGUGAUGUCACAUAUGCGACCCCCAUUGGCGCAGUGUUGAAGGAUAUCGAGUGUGAAAUGGGAUGGGAUGAGGGAAGUCUCGAAUUUUGCUAA